ACGUCAGGACAAAUCCCAGCGGCGCGGCCACCUCGUUGGAGCCACGGCAAUGAAUGGGCACGCUCUGCCGGCCGGCAUGCCAGCGCAUCCCCGGGGCUGGCAUGAGUUCUGUGAGCUGCACGCCAUCAGCACUGCCAAGGAGCUGGCGCAGCACUACCUGCGCUUUGCCACCGAGCACCCGCACCAUGACCUCCUGGCCGCCGAGAACUUCUCGGUGCAGUUCACCGACCUCUUCCAGCAGUACUUCUGCCAUGAGGUGAAGGAGGGCUUCGCCAUGAACCAGCUCCGUAUUCUGCCUGCCGGCCCGGUGCUGGAUUACCGGGAGACGCACCGGCGGCACACGGACGCCUCCCUGGGCACAGUGGCUGCCAAAGCUGAGGGGGAGCUGGGCACCCACCCCGAGCAGCCUGGCCGAGCCCCCGAGACCACCCCGAUGGGGCUGCGGCCGGGCCUGGGCAAGCGCAUCCUGCCGUGGGGGCUGUCGCGGGAGCAGCCCCCCGAGGUGCGCAAGGAGGGGCUUCUCAAGUACGGGCUGCUGGACGAGACCUCCUUGGACAGCGGGACGCGCUGGCAGCGCUGCCGCCUGGUGCUGCGGCGAGCAGGGACACCUGACGGCGAGGAGUACGUGCUGGAGCUCUUCGACCCAGCCAAGGGCUCCAAGCCGAAGCUGCACACUGCCUGCUCUGCUGUCCGUGCGGAGGUGAGGUGCACACGCCUCGAGAUGCCCGAUAACCUCCACACCUUCGUCCUCAAGGUCACCAACGCCACCGAUGUCCUGUUCGAGGUGGGGGACGAGCAGCAGCUCAGCUCCUGGACGGCUGAGAUCUGGGAGUGUGAGCACAGGGGGUAA